AUGCCGAACCGCAAGGCCACCCGGAAUGCCUACUAUUUCUUCGUGCAGGAGAAGAUCCCUGAACUGCGGCGGCGAGGCCUGCCGGUGGCUCGCCUCCUGAGCCAGGACGAAAAGGAGAAGUACGCAGACAUGGCUCGAGCAUGGAGAGCUGCCCAGGGGAAGGAGUCGGGACCUUCCGAGAAGCAGAAACCUGUUUGCACCCCACUGAGGAAGCCAGGCAUGCUUGUACCAAAGCAGAAUGUUUCACCCCCGGAUAUGUCAAGCUUGUCUCUGAAAAAUGAUCAAGCUCUCCUUGGAGGCAUUUUUUAUUUUUUGAACAUUUUUAGCCACGGCGAACUGCCUCCUCACUGUGAACAGCGCUUUCUCCCUUGUGAAAUAGGCUGUGUGAAAUAUUCUCUCCAAGAUGGUAUCAUAGCGGACUUCCACAGUUUCAUCAGUCCUGGUGAAAUUCCACGAGGAUUUCGGUUUCAUUGUCAGGCUGCAAGUGAUUCGAGUCACAAGAUUCCCAUUUCAAACUUUGAAUCUGGAUGUGACCAAGCAACUGUGCUACAAAACCUUUAUAGGUUCAUCCAUCCAAACCCAGGGAAGUGGCCACCUGUCUACUGUAAGUCUGACGAUAGAGCCAGAGUCAACUGGUGUCUGAAGCACAUGGAGAAGGGGUUGGAAAUCAGGCAAAAUCUGGAACUUCUCACUGUUGAGGAUCUUGUAGUGGGGAUCUACCAGCAAAAGUUCCUCAAGGAGCCCUCCAAGACCUGGGUUCGGAGCCUGCUCGACGUGGCCAUGUGGGAUUAUUCUAGCAACACAAGGUGCAAGUGGCACGAGGAAAAUGACAUUCUCUUCUGCGCUUUAGCUGUUUGCAAGAAAAUUGCGUACUGCAUCAGCAAUUCUCUGGCCACGCUCUUUGGAAUCCAGCUCACAGGGGCCCACGUGCCCUUACAGGAUUACGAGGCCAGCAACAGGGUGACACCCAAAAUGGUCAUAUUAGAUGCAGGGCGGUACCAGAAGCUAAGGUUUGAGAGCUCAGGAUUCUCUCAUUUCAACUAUUCUAAUCAGGAACCAAGAUCAAACACACCCACUGGUGACUACCCUUCUGGGGUGAAGAUUUCAGGCCCAAACAGCAGUGUUCGGGGAAGAGGGAUCACGCGCCUGCUAGAGCGCAUCUCGGGCUCCUCCAGCAGCGUCCCCAGGUUCUCCAGCUGUGACACCGCGCUCUCCCCUUCCCUGUCCCCGAAGGGUGGGUACAAGUCCUUCUCCCCCCUGUCUUAAUGAUGGUACUCUUCAAUUCUGGGAAAAUAGCAGGCCCGCUUCCCUCUGAUUGCAGUCCCGGACAGCAGAGCACACCCCUGGUACAUGCCGCCCUCUGAAACGGCCUGCCUUGUAGAGAAUCCUGUUUCCUAGAUUAAAAGUAAUUGUGGUUGGAGAAGAUUUGGCAUUUUUGCUUUUUUCUCGAGGGCUUGCUCUGCUUCCUGACUGUGUAAUGGGGACGCCUUGGAAGGUUGACCUCCAAGGACAAAACUGGCCUUUUCAGAGGAGUGCUUUUGCAAAUGUUACAUUGUGCUCAUCUUUUCCUCCACAAUAAAGGUAUUGAAUGUCUGUUAUGAAAGGUGUUAAAAUAGUGUUGCUGUACUUCUGCCCAUUAUGACGUGUAGAACCUUUCUCUUGAGACCUGCUGGCUGUUUUCAUUGCAAAUAUCUAAAAAAUUUGCCUUUAAUAAAAAUAAAGUUUUGUUACUUAAAGUC